GUUUUUAUUUUGAAAAUAAAAAAAUAUUUCUAAAAAAUGCUUAUUUUAAUAUUGUAAACUUAAAAUUAUGCUCGAUUUCCCUUGAAAUUUUGUUAAUGGAGUACUAUGUUAUACAAGAAUGGGAAGCCUCGUAUUAUUGCUGGGAAAGCAGGGCUUGGAAGGACGGGAAAUUAAACUUGUGUUCAAAAUAUAUGUGUUUUUUUGACAACAAUUCUGAGCUCAACUUUGCUCCAAGUAUCACAGCAGAUUUGCGUCGUGUAACUGGCUUUCAAAGACGACAGGUUUCGUUGAUUUAUAGAGCCAUUGUUGUAAGUGUCGAAGGCGAAAAGCCUUUGUGGUUUUCGUCUUUGAAAAAUCGGGAAGAAGUGUUUUAUUUUUUGGAACAUUUUUGGAAACAACGCUUGCUGUGUUUGGGACCAGGGUGAGAUGUUUGAAUUAGAGUAUAAAGCCCUGCUCAAGCGAGGAUGAGAGUUGAGAAGCGAGAGUUCGCAUGAGAGUCUUCUCAAUUCUCAUGCCCCGGUCAAACAAGAACAAGAGUUGAUGAGAGUUGAAUAUUACUGUACGCUAGCCAAAACUCUCAUCAACUCUAGGGGUGCACCGGAACCAAUUUUUUAAGAUCCUGCCAGAACCGGAUCUGGCCGGAAAUAGAAAAAAGUUCUGGCAAGAACCGGAACUAAUUUAUAUAGUCAUAUGUUACUUUAUCUGCUGCCAGACAUGCAGACACUUCACAUCAUCAAGGAGAGGGCUCGCAAAUGUUAGAAUAAAAAGAUUGACAAACGUUAAACGUCAUAAUGAAGUGUUAAUAGUGUACAUUUUCCUUGUGUAGUCCAAAUUUCUUUCUACUGUGAACUUUUGUUAGACACAAAAACGUUUGAUAUUCUAUCUCUCUGAAAACUACAGAGUUCCGGUUCCGGCCAUGCUUCUUUUAUUAGUACCGACUGGAACCGGAACUCUGAAAAAUUGGGGUUUCCGACCGGAACUAACUGGCCAGAACCGAGUUACGGUGCAGCCCUAAUCAACUCUCAUUAAAAUUUGAACCAAAGUUGAUGAGAGUCAAUGAGAUUUGGUGGUCAAUGCGAGUGAGAGUUGCAACUCCAUUUAACUCUUGUCAACUCUCAUUCUCGUUUGGCCAGGUGAGGGCGUAAAUUCUUGUGAAUAUGUCCCAGGCAGGUCUGUCUAACAAGAAAAAAACGCAAUUAGAUUCAUUGGCUUAUAAUUCUGCACUGCCAUCAAUGCUGAACGCUCCAGUUGGGAUCAGUUGUUGACACCCCCAGACCCUGCAACCUUGCAGGGGAGUGGUACCUCCUGCACCACAUUGUCGCCUGCCUCUUUCAAAACACCUACUCUAGACUAAAUUUUAUUGGGAACCACGUGAGGCGUCAAAAAAAGUACCUGUGGUUCCGGUUCCCGACCGACCCUAUUUUUUUCUGCCGACCCUAUUAUUUUUUCAACGUGAUUGACCGUGCGACCAUAUUUUCUCCAGGUGGUUGCGGGCUGCUCAUACAGUGUGCCAAAAUGGCAUCUGUUGUCACACUAAUUAUUGAACCAAAUUGCCUAAAUUCGUCCAUAGGAAAUACGCAUCUCUAGUUAACAUUGAUGUCGGGACUCUACUGCAAAUCGUCCAGCAAAAAACUGCCAAAACCAUGAAAAAAAUAUUCAUAAAAAAAAAUUAUUUCCGACCUACCGACCCUAAUUUUUUCACGAUAUGAAACCGGAACCACAGGUAUUUUUUUAUGCCUGAUGCGCCCUACUAUAGAAUUUUACAAAUAAAUACUACUGUAUUUCAAAUAUUUUCAUAAUUUCAGUGGAGAACGAAACCAACAAACCAGAAGUCAUGAAGCUGCAACCUCAUCAGAAGGUCAAGUUGAAAGAAAACGAUUUUUUGAGAUGUUAUACGAUUCAGAGAAAACCUUGAUCAAAGCUUCUAACUCGUUGUAUGACCAAGGAGAACAAUUCGAUCACUCAUCUCGGACGAUGAAUAGAAUGCACAAAGAUUUAAAUGUCACAGAAACACUUAUCAAUGGCUUGGAUAGAUGGUUUACAAAAUGGGAAAUGAAGCCGGAACACUAUUUUGAAAUCCGGACAAAAAAAGAGUACCCUAUUUUGUACAGAAAAACUACAAAAGAAAGCUAUUAUCCUGGUACGUUAGUUUUUGUCGAGGGGCAGGUCACAGUUUUGGAUAUUAAACGUGUUGCAGAUAUCUCGAUAUUGUUGAAAGACUUAACGAGCAUUGUCGUUAAUACACCGUGGAAUGUGUUGUUGGUUAGGUAUGCCAUUGGCGAAGUUGACGUAAUGAUCGAUGUAUCUUCGGCACAAGUCGUGUACAUCCUCAAAGCUCUUCAAUCAGAGCACGGUGAUAAAUUUGACUACGAAGAGGGUUCUGUUGAUGCCAAACAAACAAUAAGAAUCUCAGAAAUUCCUGGCACAGAAAAUCUGAUGACAGAAAGUAGUGAGGCAAGGCAUACAGAACUUGGUGAUGCUGAUCUUGAGACAGUCGGUGACGUGGUUGGCAACUUGAAAUCAUUGGCAGUUGGUAUUAAUCAGGAGAUGACACGACAACUUGACAGGUGUGUAAAUACAUGUAUAUAACUCUUAAAUGUCUUUUGUAGACCUUGCAUUUUGUGAUGCAUGAUCACUCGAGAUCUUGCGAGCUACAGUCUGUCUGCACUGAAAGAAUAAAUAGAGAGAUUCGGAUUUGACUUCCACUACACUACCUCUUGAUUGGUUGAUCGGGUAGAUUAAAUGCAUCUGAUUGGUUAAUGAUACCUAGUGGAAGUAGUGGAAGUUGAACCCUGAACCUCUCUACAUGGUGAUCAGCAGUCAUGACUUUCCCUGCUUUUUAUGAUUAAAAACCCUGCUUUUCUGCCGAUCAUAAACAAUUUCUUGCCGAUUGGUGAUUGGCUGUUAUGUCAAGUUCUGAUUAGGUAUCCUUCCAAUGAAGCCUUUGGGCUCUUUCCAUUAACACGGCGAGACCGGUCAGACCGGUCACAUUGUUGAAUGGAACACAAUACAUUUGGACUUCGGAUCCAAUUUAAUCCGAAAAUUUGGAUCAAUUUUGACGCAGAUCCAUUUUCUCCAGAUUUUUGAGAAACUUGAACCAGAUCUUAACAUUAUUACAGAGAGAGCAGGCCUUAAAAUAUCUUUUCCAGGGCCGUCUGACAAAAUGUCCGGUGACGUUGAGUUUGGGUCAGACAUAUGUCCGAUGAUCUUCAGUUCAGUUUUGACUCGGAAAUAAGUCUGAAUGACACAAAUGAAUAAAUGGUAAAUGUUGUAAAGAUAUUAAAUAAUUUGUUUCUUUCAUACUUAUUUCCAAGCCAAAAUUAACUUGCUUGCCAGAACAGCAGUAUUAAAAAAGACUUCAUCAACUUAAGCCUGUUUUCCACUUCACCAUUUCGCUCGCCUCCCCGCGCUCGACUACGUAAAAACAACAUUUCCAGUUCACCUUUUAUACAAUAGUACUCUGAUUUUCCAUUUAACAUACAAGCCUCUAGAACUGGGCUAGGGUACAUAUUGAUUUACGUCAGACAAAGCUACAGUUCGGUCGGACACCAAUACACUCGGGUCGGACAAACAAUAAACCUCAGUUUCAUUUUGGUCGGACAGAAUGUCCGAUAGUUUCCUCUCUACGUCGGACAAUUUCACAAAUGGGUCGGACAAUGUCCGUGACCGACCGAUAUUUUAAGGCCUGAGAGAGAAAUUCUGGUCUGACCGGUCUGGCCAUUAAAUGGAAAGCGCCCUUUGACUCAGAUUUCAGGUGAAGCCUUCGCAAAUUCAACCUUCAGCCGAAAAUGUUAUGCCCUGGUCAUACAAGGAUGAGAGAUGAUAAAGGUUCCAACUCUUGCUCGCAUAUUACUGCCAACUUUUGUCAACUUUUGUCAACUCUUUUCAACUUUCAACUGAUUCAAAUAUUGAUGAGAGUUUCGCUACAUACAUAAUGCUCAACUCUCAUUAAUUCUGGUGCAACUGCGCUUGUUUGGCCAGGGUAUGAGAAUCUGAGAAAACUCUCAUGCAAACUCUUGCUCGCCAACUUUCAUCAACUGUCAUCCUUGUUGACCUGGGCAUAAGGAUGAUACUCACCUCUAUCCUAGAUAGAUAGAUAGAUAGAUAGAUAGAUAGAUAGAUAGAUAGAUAGAUAGAUAGAUAGAUAGAUAGAUAGAUAGAUACUGAUUACUGUUCAUUUCUCUCUCAUCAUUCAGUUUGGACCAGCUCUCAGAGUCUGUGGAUAAAGCCAAUUACAGGAUAAAGAAAGGCAGCAGAAAAGUGGAGAAAAAGCUUUAAAUCAGUUUAAAAAUGUCUGAAAAAAGGUAUGGACAUUUUUCUUACGUUCAAAUUUUUUCAUGUCUAACUGGCCAACUGGGUGGGUUUGGCCUUACGCAAAUAACCCACCUUAUCUUAAAAACCGCUGGUGCAUAAUAAAUAUCCAAAAAAGUUUGUGCGUCUUAUUUGGAACACUCCCAGAACCAAUAUUUAGUAAUGUUAUCUCAAAGUAUUGAAUAUUAAUAAAAUCAAUGAUUAGAAUCCUAUGUACAGUAUAAAAAAGAUCAAAUCUUUCAAUAUUUUUGAACGAGAAGCAAAAUGUAUAUCUAGUAACUUUGAACAGUAUAUCUAACACUGAACAUAUAUCACUUACAGUACAUAUCUCAAACUCAUUAAUAAUUCAUGAGCAAAUUAGCGAAUGAACUCACCCUAAUUCGUCACAUGAUUGAGGUUGGAUACCGCAGGAAACACGCUAAAAAUCAUAUACCAUCACUGUUGUUAGAUGAAAAACGGUUUUCAUCUAAUAACUGAGAUCCUAAUUACAAAUUCAAGUCAAAACACAACAAUAUACUAUAAUAAUAUAUAUAAGCCAAUGAAAUGUUUUCGUUUGAGAUGUUGUGUAAACAACUCGUUUCUCGUGUUUCAUCAGGGGACCAAACACUCGAAAACAAUAAAACACUCGCGCUUCGCGCUCGUGUUUCAUACAGUUUUCUCGUGUUUGGAUCCCCUGAUGAAACACUCAAACUCCUUGUUUACAUAUAACAUCAAACUCUCACUUGUGAAUAGCUUGGUUUGUGUAUUUGAAGCCCCGUUUACACUACGCUCAAUUUUUGGUACGGAGGGAUAAAAUUGCUACCCGUACCACUUUUUUGGUUCUUGGACUACCUAUUUAGCUAAGCCCCGUUUAUACUACGCUCAAUUUUUGGUACCAUACCACUUUUUGGUUCUUGGACUACCUAAAUAGUUAGUCCAAGAACCAAAAAAGUGGUACGGGUACCAAUUUUAUCCGUGCCGUACCAAAAAUUGAGCGUAGUGUAAACGGGGCUUUAGUUCUGAAAAACCCUUGAAAACUCUGGAAUUUCAAAUUUAUCCCUGGAAAACCCUGAGCUGAGUAUAGGAUUAUACCUCAAAACUAUUUAACACUAUCUUAAAAAGAAAGAUUGAGACACAUCGGAAAGUCAUUAAUUAAACGUCAUUUGAAAUCGUAAGUACGGCAUUAAACACUCAAAAACCUGUAAACUUCUUAGCCUUUAGGGAAGUUGUUUUGUAUAUUUCAAAUGCCUCUGGAAAAAGGAUGGAAAAAGUCCUGGAAAACCCUGAAUUUUUUAAAUUAUGAAGAUGCGAACCCUGGUAUAUGUUUUAUUCUAUUUUGUAUAGAUACACAUCUAGAAAUAUCUUUCAUUCUUUUCACUUGUCUGAAAAGCCUGUCACGGUUUUUAGAAGGCUCCUGUCUGGCGCGAAUGGGUAAUGAAAUGUAAUAUUAUAUAUAAUUAUAGUAGCAUUGUAAACUUUUAAAUGGGCAAAUUAAUUUUAAAAAAAGUAGUUGUAUAAUAUGCACAAUGAAAGGUUCAAUUAAAAUUGUUAUAUCAACGUGAAAUUGUUCCUUCUACUGUCUCUCUGGCGACAUGUGUUCAAUAAAAAACAUACGAGUCUCGCGAUCCAUAAGACUAGUCACUAUAGUAUAAUGCUAAUUCUCUUACAAUUUGGGAGUGGUCACUUUAUAAAG